CCCCUGCGCCGUAAGCCCGGCCGCAGUUCCCAGCCGCGAGUUGGAACGCGGAGUCUGAGGAGUCAGAGGUGCACAGCGGCGCGCGAUGGCUGCGUGGAGCGAGCGGCUGGCAGGCGUGCGCGGGGUGCUGCUCGACAUCUCGGGUGUCCUGCACGAUAGCGGCGAGGGCGGCGGCGUGCCCAUCCCUGGCUCCGUGGAGGCGCUGGCGAGACUGAAGCGGUCCCAGCUGAAGGUGAGGUUCUGCACCAACGAGUCACAGAAGUCCCGGGGGGACCUGGUGGGACUCCUGCGGCACAUGGGCUUCGACAUCUCUGAGGGCGAGGUGACCGCCCCGGCCCCGGCCACCUGCCUGAUCCUGAAGGAGCGAGGCCUGCGGCCACACCUGCUCAUCCAUGACGGAAUCCGCUCAGAAUUUGCCCAGAUCGACACGUCCAACCCGAACUGUGUCGUAAUAGCAGAUGCAGGAGAAAGCUUUUCUUACCAAAACGUGAAUAAGGCCUUUCAGGUGCUCAUGGAGCUGGACAAUCCUGUGCUCAUAUCUCUGGGAAAAGGACGUUACUACAAGGAGACCUCUGGCCUGAUGCUGGACGUCGGUGCCUACACAAAGGCGCUCGAGUAUGCCUGUGGAAUCAAGGCCGAAGUGGUGGGGAAACCCGCUCCCGGGUAUUUCCAGUCGGCCCUGCAGGAGAUGGGGAUAGAGUCUCACGAGGCCAUCAUGAUUGGAGACGAUAUCGUGGGUGACGUCGGUGGUGCCCAGCGGUGCGGGAUGAGAGCCCUGCAGGUGCGGACGGGCAAGUUCAGGCCCAGUGACGAGCACCAUCCAGAAGUGAAGGCUGAUGGGUACGUGGACAACCUGGCAGAGGCCGUGGACCUGCUGUUGCAGCACGCGCACCAGUGAUGAGCCUCGUAGGGUCGCCCCGGCCUCAUCCCUCCCCUCCCCCAGUGCCCGGACCACCUGAGGCCCUGCCCUCUGCCCUUGGCCCCGGAUGGGCAGGCGAGAAGGUCCCAGCCAGGCACCUCUGGCUGCCCACUUCCUUCCUCUGUCUCCCCCUGCUCCCCCCCAACCCCCCCGGGGAGAGCUGUUCUUUCCGGGAUGUUCUUUCCCGUAGUGAGGUUGGAGGGUGGGACAGACCUGUCUGGGAGCCAGCUCAGGGGAACCGUCUGGGUAUGGGCUGGAGGUGCUCCGGGGACACCCCGAAUCCCAGGUCCACAACUCCCCAGCCGCACCUGGUCCUGUAAACGCUCCACCUACGGGGACUGGGACACCUGCCCACUGUGUCUCUACCAAACGUUCUCUUCUCACGAGCGAGGAGCCUGGAGAAGGCAGGGGCUUCCUGCACGGUCCACACAGCGCAGAGCUGAGCCAGCCUCCCUGGGACCACCCAGCGACCCCUGCCCACCUCCCGGCCCCCACCCAGAGUCGGAGUGGCCACUUAGCACCCAUCCCUCCCACCCCAACCCCCCCCCCCCCCCCCCCCCCCCGCCAACUGCGACAGCCCACUGCCUUCCCUACACCACAAGUCACCUUGGAGCCAGAGGCUGGGGCAGCUCCCAGGGGCACCGAAGACGGCCGUCCUAAAGAGCAAGACUUGUAACCACUGGGAUCAAGGCUGCAGGCACAUAGGGUGCUUCUAACUCGAUAGACUUGAAUGUGUCAUGCCCGGUGUCUGCAGGGGCAACUAUGGGUUGAAUAAACCGCCCUGACCUACAGCCGA